GUCACGUCACGUCGCGUCAAUUCAAACUUUUUCCACUUUUCAGCCCCCCCAAAAAAAUGUACGAUAAACUUGAAAAAAACCUUCGCUUUCGGAUAUAUUUUUAUUUUUGACUCGCUUCGCCAAGUUUGACGGACUUCCGGCCGCAGGUGAGCAUGGGCGUCACUCGGUGAGGAUAUAGCGGCGUGAGGGAGGCGACAUGAGCCGCGGGGACGUGCCUGUGACCCGGGGAGGCUGAUGGAAAAUAGCCCGCUGAGCGCCCGCUGCUCCGGCCCCGUCCAGAGGAAAGUCCUCCUGCUCAGCAUCAUGGUCCUCGUCUGGCUCUUCAUGCUCUACUCCUGCGUGGGGCCGUGCUCCGGCGUGCCCGGCGGGCUGCUCGACUCCUACCGGGAAAGCGGUGCUCCGGUGGUGGCCAGGAGGACCGAGCGGGCGGACCUGCUGUCCCCGCAGCCGUGGGAGGACGUGGACGACGAGGAGCCCCCCGUCAGGACCGCCGCCGCGUCCCGGACUUGCUCGACGACGAGCCGCCGGAGAGGACCGCCGACUGGGACGGGCGUGCCCGGGCGGGCGCCAGCCCCGCAGCCCGGCGGCUUGUCGAGCUUCUCCAACGGCUCCGGCAAGAAGCUGCCGCAGGCGAUCAUCAUCGGGGUGAAGAAGGGAGGCACCCGGGCUCUGCUGGAGUUCCUGCGGGUGCACCCGGACAUCAGGGCCGUGGGGGCCGAGCCGCACUUCUUCGACCGCAACUACGAAGGCCUGGGGUGGUACAGGGACCUGAUGCCCAAGACCCUGGAGGGCCAGAUCACCAUGGAGAAGACCCCCAGCUACUUUGUGACCAAAGAGGCUCCGGCCCGGAUCGCGGCCAUGUCCCGGGCCACCAAGCUGAUCGUGGUGGUGCGGGACCCGGUCACCCGGGCCAUCUCGGACUACACCCAGACUCUGUCCAAGAAACCCGACAUCCCCUCCUUCCAGAGCCUGACCUUCAAGAACCGUACCACGGGCCUCAUCGACACGUCGUGGAGCGCCGUCCAGAUCGGGGUCUACGCCAAGCACCUGGACAACUGGCUGCAGUACUUCCCCGCCCGGCAGAUCCUCUUCGUGAGCGGCGAGCGGCUCAUCAGCGACCCGGCCGGAGAGCUGGGCCGCGUGCAGGACUUCCUGGGCCUGAAGCGCAUCAUCACGGACAAACACUUCUACUUCAACCAGACCAAGGGCUUCCCCUGCCUCAAGAAGGCCGAGGGCAGCAGCAAGCCCCACUGCCUGGGGAAGACCAAAGGCCGCACGCACCCGGACAUCCGGCCCGAGGUGGUGCAAAGGCUCCGGGACUUCUACAGACCCUUUAACAUGAAGUUCUACCAGAUGACCGCACACAACUUUGGCUGGGACUGAUUUAUUAUUAUUAUUAUUAUUAUUAUUAUUAUUAUUAUUUGUAGAUCCUGUAAUGAGAAGUGGACAUAUAUAUAUAUAUAUACAUAUAUAUGUAUGUAAAUGUACAGAAAUCUAUUUUAUAAUAAUUUAUUUUUAUUUCCCAGCAAUUAAUUCACUAAGCUGCCUAACCGUGUUCCUUCACCACGUCCGGCUCACCUUUUUCUUGUUCUUUUUGUGGCUUUUAAUUGACAUUCCUCACAUCCAUAACGCUGAGUCGGCAGCCAAUCGGGUUUUACGCUUUUGUCUCCCAGUAGAAGGCCAAGGUAGCUACACAACAGCUCGAGGUCACUUAUGCUGAUUUGACACUUUUUUACUCUUAAUUUCCCCAGCCAGACACCUUAGAGGCGUAUAACUUGGUAUGUGACACAAGCUAUCUGUUAGCAUGCUAAUAUUAGCAUGCUAACUUUUUGAGCCAGUUUUGCAACCGUUUACACCAGAGUCAUGUAACUUGGUAUAUGACACAAGCCAUAUGUUAGAAUGCUACCAUUAGCUUGCUAACAUGCUAAUAUUACAAUGCUAACUUUUUGAGCGUGUUUUGCAACCAUUUACACCAGUCAUAUAACUUGGUAUGUGACGUUUAACUGUUAGCAUGCAAACGAUUUCAUCUUAUUUUAUUUUCUCAGCCAUACACCUUUGUGUCAUAACUUCGUAUGUGACACAAGCCAGAUGUUAGUAUGCUACCGUUAGCUUGCUAACAUGCUAAUAUUAGCAUGUUAACUUUUUGAGCGAGUUUGGCAACUGUUUACAACAGAGUCAUAUGACUUUGUAUAUGACACAAGCCAUAUGUUAGCAUGCUACCGUUAGCUUGUUAACAUGCUAAUAUUAGCAUGCUAACUUUUUGAGCGAGUUUGGCAACCGUUUACACCAGAGUCAUAUAACUUGGUAUGUGACACAAGCCAUAUGUUAGCAUGCUACCGUUAGCUUGCUAACAUGCUAAUAUUAGCAAGGUAACUUUUUGAGCGAGUUUUGCAACCGUUUACACCAGAGUCAUAUAACUUGGUAUGACACAAGCCAUAUGUUAGCAUGCUGCCGUUAGCUUGCUAACAUGCUAAUAUUAGCAAGGUAACUUUUUGAGCGAGUUUGGCAACCGUUUACACCAGAGUCAUAUAACUUGGUAUGUGACACAAGCCAUAUGUUAGCAUGCUACCGUUAGCUUGCUAACAUGCUAAUAUUAGCAUGCUAGCGUUUUGAGCGAGUUUUGCAACCGUUUACACCGGAGUCAUAUAACUUGGUAUGCGACAUUUGUUAGCAUGCAAACAAUUUCAUCUAAUUUUAUACUUUUUUCUCUAUUUUUCUCAGCCAUACACCUUAGCGUCAUAUAACUUGGUAUGUGACACAAGCUAUCUGUUAGCAUGCUACCGUUAGCUUGCUAGCAUGCUAUCUUUAGCAUGCUAACAUUUUACAACAGUUUACACCACAGUCCUAUAACUUGGUAUGUGACUUUUGUUAACUGUUAGCACGCAAACAAUAGCAUGCUGGCAAGCUAACUUAAGCAUGCUAAGUUUUUCAUCAAAUGUAUACUUUUUUCCUGUAUUUUCGCAGCCAUACACCUUUGAGUCACAGCUUGUCACAUACCAAGUUAUAUCUUUUAGCAUGUUACCGUUAGCAUGCUAAUGUCAGCAUGUUAGCAAGCUAGCUUUUUGAGCUAGUUUUGCAGCCGUUUACACCAGAGUCAUAUAACUUGGUAUGUGAUACUUGUUAACUGUUAGCACGCAAACAAUAGCAUGCCGGCAAGCUAACUCAAGCGUGCUAAGUUUUUCAUCUAAUUUAACACUUUUUCUCUCUAUUUUCGCAGCCGUACACCUUAGAGUUAAAUAACGUGGUAUCCGACACAAGCUAUCUGUUAGCAUGCUACCGUUAGCUUGCUCGCAUGCUAACAUUAGCGUGCUAACUUUUUGAGCUAGUUUUGCAACCGUUUACACCAGAGUAUGUGACAUUUAUUAACUGUUAGCUUGCCAGCGUGCUAUCGUUCGCAUGCUAACUCAAGCAUGCCAAGUUUUUCAUCUAAUUUUACACUUUUUCUCUCUAUUUUCGCAGCCGUACACCUUAGAGUUAAAUAACGUGGUAUCUGACCCAAGCUAUCUGUUAGCAUGCUACCGUUCGCUUGCUCGCACGCUAACAUUAGCGCGCUAGCUUUUUGAGCUAGUUUUGCAACCGUUUACACCAGAGUAUGUGACAUUUGUUAACGGUUAGCAUGCAAACGAUAGCACGCUGGCAAGCUAACUUAAGCAUGCCAAGCUUUUCAUCUAAUUUUACACUUUUUCUCUCUAUUUUCGCAGCCGUACACUUUAGAGGUAAAUAACGUGGUAUCUGACUCAAGCUAUCUGUUAGCAUGCUACCGUUAGCUUGCUCACACACUAACAUUAGCGUGCUAAUUAACUUUUUGUUCCUCUAUAUUUUGCAGCCAUACACCUUUGAGUCAUAUGACUUGGUACAUGAAACAUGUUAUCAUGCUAACAGUUGCACACAUGCUAAAAGUUAGCAUUUUAAUGUAAGCAUGCUAACGUUUUAGGCUAGCUGCGUAGCUCGUUUUGUACAGUUACCCCUAAAACUCUCGGAUUCAGUCACUCCGCGCCAUCUUCAAAGUACGGCGGCGUCCGAGGACCCCCGGCCAGAGUCCCGGGGCACAGAGAGCAGGCCCAUCAACAUUUUGUAGUUAUGGGCCUGCUGCAAUGCAUAUUAUUCCUCAUACUUAAAACGUUAUUACUUUAUUAGCCAAGCUAAAUGGGAAAUUGAUGUCCAACUGUUUCAAAGUUCAGUCAAAGUCGAACAAAAUGAUUGGUCCAGGAGAGACGGGGGGGCGGAGCUUCUUUUUCUGCCUUAUGGACUCACCCUCCACCUCCUCACGUCUUUUUUGCCAAAAAGGAAAGAAUCACACAGCCUUAUAAGUCGUUUUCGGUGCUGGACAGGAAGUGUUCAUAUGCAAAAAAGGAGUGAUUUAUUUUGAAAAACCAACAUGUCCUACACUGAAUGUAGAGAUUUGAAACUAAAAUGGUGUUGUGCCUCUUGAAAAUAACCCAAUUCUACACUUUAAGGCUGUUUUAUUUUCUUCUUCUGGGGUUUUCCAACCUUAUCUUUUGGGGGAAGCAUUUAACUUGGUCACCUUCUGCGUACAGACAAGAUGACUUCUGGUGCGAGACAUGAGAUUAAUAACAACAAAGAAAAAAAGUGGUUUGUUGCGUUUAUGGUUGAGUUUUAUUCAGCCGGCUUUUUGUUUCAUUCUGCAAAUGUUUGCUUUGGAAGAUAAUAUUUUGUGGUGUAAAGAGCAGAGGUGGGCAGGAAUUGAGUUUCUAGACAAUGAAAGACUAAACAUUCAUAAUAUUUCUUUGUAUGAAGAAAUAAAUAAGUAUAUAUUUUAC